CUUUGGGAGCUGUGCUUAUAAAAGAUACACGUACGACGGUACGAGUAUAGAGCCAAUCCGACAUGAUCCAAGAGCAUCGGUGAUGCAAAGGGUGGUUGGAAGAUGUCCACCUGGUUUCCCCUUCUCACUUAACAAACUUUAAUGAUUUCUUCUACCACUUUUGCUGAUCUGUAAGAGUUUCUCCCUUCUCUCAGCCCUACAUCUAAUACUACCUAACUAUUCAGAUGUGCAGUGCUGGACUGGUUGUCCUCUCCAACAAGCCAAGGCAGGUACAAAAUCUCAUUAAUUAGCUCGUCUGCAAAACAAGUGCUCAUAUUCUCUUUUAACAUUGUCUCUAGUAAAGAGGUAAAAAAGGCUUUUAGCUCAGGUUAUAGGGAGAAUGACUUCCUCCUUGUUCUUGGUAUCAGGGUGACCUUGCUUGGAUCAUGGAACUUGGAAAGGUUAGACUUGACUCCUUAGAAGGAGCACGUGCAAACACCCAUGCCCCAAAUCAUUAAUUUAUGAUGCAAUACUUGUAGUGUGGAACUCAAUAUCCCCUUAAUACAAUUCUGCAUGAACCCCACAAACCUACAAGGUCUUCCAUUUUCUUAUAUCCAUGACCCGAAAUGGACCCCAAGUGGACAGCUUCCCUGCCCAGAUAUGAGUAUUUUACUCUGAUUCUGGAUGUUCAUGAACCAUUUUCACAUGCUUUCUGAUCCUUUCCAUCCCGCAUAAACCAAAAUCACAUAGUGACCAAAACAUCCUAGCUAAACAUAUCACAAUAAGGAACACCUGCAAGGACAAAAUGGGUAGAGGAGAAAGCUCAAAAAAAGGUAAGGAUUUCGUACCAUUUUACUUUUAGGAGGGUGGCAAGUGGCUUAUUUGGGAGCUUCCUCUCUUUUUCUUCCCCUUAUGAAAGUGACACAAACACCUGAUCGCCAACUGUAGGUGGUAGUUGUAAUAGAUGAAGUGAUAUUAUAUCAAUAAAUGAGACGAGAUAAUAGAACAGUAAAAUUAGACUAUCAUAAGAAGAGCAUUUAUGCUCAGUUCGGAUGAGGGGCAUUAUAGUGUUGAAAGCUACAUAUCAAAUAUAGACUGAGGGAUCUUAGAGUAUCAGUAGUUGCAUUCUUCUACUUGUGCUAUUGCUGUGAUAUAAGAACAGCUUAGAAAGAUUUGACGGGUAUGGGGAAGAUGGGCAAAUGGUUUAGAAGCUUCUUGACAGGGAAGAAAGACAAGGAGAAGGACCAGCAGAAAGAGAAGGAAAAGCUUCCAAGUAAUCAGAAUUCUUCCAUUACCAUUGAGAACAAUUCGACAACUACAAUUUCCAUACCACGAACAACAUCUAAAGAGAAAAGAAGAUGGAGUUUUCGAAGAUCCUCAGCUACAGAAGCAGCUCCAAAGGACUUGAAUUCUACUGAAACCGUUGCAACAUCGCCGCCAGUGGUAACGGCCACUCUGGACAUUGAGAAUGAGCAGAAAAAUCAUGCCAUAGCAAUGGGCGCAGCUACUACAGCAGCAGCAGAUGCAGCCGUGGCUGCUGCACAUGCUGCAGCUGCGGUGAUCCAACUCACAGCACCUGCCAAUGGUAAAACCCACGCAGUUGAAGAGGCUGCUGCCAUAAAGAUUCAAUCCAUUUUCCGUUCUUAUUUGGCAAGGAAAGCACUAUCUGCUUUAAAAGGACUAGUGAAGUUGCAGGCAUUAGUGAGAGGACACCUGGUGAGGAAACAGGCCACGGCUACACUUCGGUGCAUGCAGGCACUGGUGACGGCACAAGCUAGAGCUCUUGUAGAGAGGAUCCGGAUAGCGGAAGAAGCAAAGCCUGCUAAUUAUUGGCAUUCUACCCACAGAAAAUCGACACAAGAUUAUCGGUUCAGACACACCUAUCACGAAAUGGAUGAAGGCUUGGAGGAGGACACUAAGAUUGUGGAGAUGGAUCUUGGUGCAUCAAAAGGAAGUUUAAAGAGCAGGAAUAGCUACUCUAGCCACCCACAAUUUGAAGUAGCAGAGCCUAGAUUUUCCAUGCGUUAUGCAGCACAAUGUGCAUGCUCUAAGCAAGACAACUGCCAGGCCUCACCAGCUCCAUCAGCUCUGACUGACAUGAGUCCAAGAGCAUGCAGUGGGCAUUAUGAGGACUAUUCCUUUGACACAGGGCAAAGCAGCCCCCAAUACUACUCCGCUGCGUCCAAACCCGAUCCUUCAAGAGUUCCUUUCUCUUUCCCCAGGCCUAAUUAUGGAGAACCUAUGUCCUAUGACUACCCAUUAUUCCCAAGUUACAUGGCCAACACGGAAUCUUCAAGAGCCAAAGUCCGGUCCCAGAGUGCACCAAAGCAAAGGCCAGACUCAUUUGAGAGGCAACCAAGCCGGCGUAGGGCAUCAACGGAAGGAAGGAAUGUCCCAAGGGUCGUGCGGAUGCAGAGAUCAUCUUCACACUUGGGUUUAACUGCUCACAACUACCAAUACCCGUGGCCAAUCAAGCUUGACAGAUCUGCAGUUUCACUUAAAGACAGUGAGUGUGGAUCCACCAGUACAAUACUCACAAAUCCAAACUACUGCAGACCUUUUGUAGCAUAUGAUGCGACUGCUCAGGGAAAUAGGUACUAGGAGUUUAUCUCCCACCAUAAUGCAGACAUGAAACCUGUCUAUGUCCCGACCCAAAGAAACAUGCAGAUGUCAAAUAGACAUUGGAUGAUCCAAGAGGGAAUGGUGAAAAAUGGUGACACUAUUUGAUAUAGAAGCUACAUAGAUUUCUUACUCCCCCUCCUAGUCUCUGAAUUCGAGAGUUGUUGCAAGAGUGCAAGUCAUCUUUUAGUAGUGCUUUUAUUUGUACUUUGGCUGAAUGUUGCUGCGGCAAAAGUGUAAAAACAACCUCCUAAGGAAUACUUCAGUCGGUUAAUCCAUAUUCCAGGGCGCUCAACCCCAACUGGAAACUGGCAUCUAGCUGAAGUUUUAUAGAUGCUGGCUAACAACUUUAUAUGUGGACGCUUGCGGUUAGUUUUGUGCAGUCUGUCGAUUUGUGCAGGUUACAUGGUGCUGCUCU